CAUUUAAAUUACGAUUACAUACACACAAAGGCGUCUAAAUAAUUAAUUAUAAAGUCAAUCUAGUUUACUCAGAAAUGGUAGAUAAUAAUAUAAAGCUUUUAGGACGCUUGUUACAUGUCAAGGAGUUCUGUUUUUUUUUACUCGAUGACUACAGUUCAAUUGACUGAAACGAAUGAUUGGAAUCAGUUCAAAACUAACUUGUUACCCCCCGUGUCGACUCGACCGAAGUAAACAUAUUAACCAACAACCCAUACGAUUCAAUAGCAUUAACCGUGGACUCGGCAUAACAGCGCGUCUUGUCUUAGUUACCAAGUCAGCGAUAACGCACAUUUACAGGCGCUUUUUCAGGAAAAGCUGGUGUAAUCAUUCAUGCUGUCGUGGGAUUUUACAGUUUGCUARCGCGUAAGCAGCUCAAGACAGCACAAAUCCGUCAUUUAUAAUGUUUUAUGGUGUUCAUUAGGGCCGAACAUAUCCCGUAAACACUAUUCACAGAAGCAUUAGAGGCUGUUGGAGUACGAAUUGAAAACCUCUUUGUGUUCAAAAGGGAAUUGAUACUUCGGUAUUCAAUCUUAUGAAUGUGUUGGCAAUUUCUUCAUUUUUGUAAAGAGCAGGUGAUUUGGGCUAUGCAAUGAUUGACAGGUGAGCCUUUUGCCAAAACUUGUGAUUGGCUUCCUAAGGCAAUAACCGCUGAUUCUACUUGUGAAUGGUGUAAGGUCGUCGAGCUGUGUUUCAUUGCAGUAACACUUCUAAGGAGUCAAGUCUUGGCGGUCGGUGGUGUCACACUGACAAUAACAAUUUGUUCCAUUUGGCUGUUUGUUGAUACCAAGAUUGUAAAAACCACAUCCAAAUAAAGUACUCAUUGUACAUGGAAGGUGCAUUGUUGGAAUUUCGACAAGACUGAGCURUAGACAUGAACUCCGUUAAUUUAUCAAUACACAUAUUUAACCUUCGACUAUUAUGAGACCAAACUAGCAGUCAUUGGAUGAACUAUAUGCUAAAGUACGGCGGGAAAGUAUUCAAAGAAUAACCAGUACAACAUGCCUAUCCGACGAGGCCGCUAUGCGCCGCAAAACACUUUCUUGGAGACAAUCGCCCAGAAGUUUGACCAUGGAAACAGCAAUUUCGUUCUGGGAAGCGCUCAGGAAAAGAACAACUAUCCUAUUGUUUAUUGUAGCGAUGGUUUCUGCGAGUUGACUGGUUUUUCUAGGAGCGAUUUAAUGAGACGGAGUUGUGCUUGUAAUUUUCUCUAUGGCCUCGAAUCCAACCACGAGGACAUCCAAAGCAUAGAAGCCGCUCUACGAUCUCAGAAGGAACUCAAAAAAGAAAUCUUAUUUUACAAGAAGAAUGGUUCGCCAUUCUAUUGUCUGCUAGACAUCGUACCAAUCAAGAACGAGAAAGGAAACGUCGUACUUUUCCUGGUAUCUCACAAAGACGUUACCAAAAGGAAACUAAGUAAUGAAGUGCAUGAUGACGAAUCAGCUAAUGCUAAUGGUGGUUCACAGCCAAAACUUAGUCGAACAAAAUCUCGCAARUUUAGYAGGGAUGUUUUACUUCACUUGUCUCGUCAAUAUCAACAAAAUAAUAACGCUACAAAGUCAGCAACUACACGGUCCUUUAAGCGAUCCAGGUCGUUUUCAUUCACUUCUGAAAGACUUCCUCAGUACAAAAGAGAAUCAACGAAAAAAUCCAAGUUUCUAUUUCUACACUAUAGUACAAAGAAAGGGCUAUGGGAUUGGUGGAUUCUGGUCCUGACAUUCUACAUAGCUAUCAUGGUCCCCUACAAUGUAGCAUUCAGCCGUCAUGGCAAGGCCAGAGAUUUAAUAAUAGUCGAUAUGGUCAUUGAACUGUUUUUUAUACUGGAUAUAGUGGUUCAUUUUCGAACUACGUUCGUCAACAAUACUGGGAGAAUUGUCUAUGAACAAAAAGCUAUUGCUGUUCAUUACCUAAAGGGAUGGUUUAUAUUGGACUUUUUAGCUGCUUUGCCUUUUGAAGCUUUAUAUUUUAUUAACCAAUCAUGGGCUAGCGCUGCUUUCGAUAGGAAAGGGUCUGCGUUCAAAGAGGGUUUUCUAGUUCAAUUAUUAAAAUGUGGUCGUCUACUACGCUUGUUUCGAGUUGUGCGCAAGCUUCAUCGUUACACAGAGUAUAGUACUGUUCUUCUUACCUUACUGAUGCUGGCRUUCGCCAUGGUUGCUCAUUGGUUGGCAUGCGUGUGGUAUGUCAUUGGCCUGGAAGAAGUCAGUGAAAAGUCUACUGUUAGCUGGUUAUAUCAGUUCGGAGAAACUAUUCAAAGACCUUAUGUUAAUUUUUCAAUGGACACUGGACCAGAUGAAGGGUCCGCUUAUGUUACGUCGUUAUAUUUUACGCUAACGAGUAUGACUACGGUUGGGUUUGGGAACGUGUCUGCUAAUACCAAUGCUGAGAAAGCGUUUGCCGUAAUAGUGAUGUUAAUAGGUGCGCUGAUGCACGCCGCAAUCUUUGGAAACGUUGCYGCUAUAAUCCAAAAGCUGUAUGCAAACAGGGUUCGGUAUCAUUCAAGAGCAAACGAGAUCAAACAGUUUAUUCGAGUGCAUCAUAUCGAUGGUGACUUAGCUAAUCGCUUGGAAGAUUACUUUCAUACAACAUGGUCUUUGUCUGGGGGCGUCGACACAAGAGAGAUCCUAGCUACAUUUCCUCACGAAAUUCAAUCYGACGUCUGCAUGCAUCUAUACAAAGGAUUGCUUGAAUUGCCAYUGUUUAGUCAAGCACCACGCGGGCUGGUUCGAAUGCUGUCUUUACAAAUACGACCKGUUUAUGUAGGCCCUGGUGAAUAUCUCUUGAUGCARAAUGAUGUAGUUAACUGUAUUUAUUAUAUCGCAAGUGGWUCGAUGGAAGUUCUUCAAGGGGAAUCCGUGGCAGCAAUAUUAGGAAAGGGAGACCUUUUUGGAGAAGAUAUAUCGCGAAAAGUUCCAAUUCGAAGAUCCAAUGGUGACGUUCGAGCUCUAACGUACUGCGAUAUUUACUACAUAACACGUGAUCUGCUCCAAGAUGUUCUCCACUUGUAUUCCGACUUUUCAUUCAAGUUCUCGGAAAAACUUGAACUGACAUAUGACUUGGGUGCCAGUGAGAAAGACAUCUGGAGACGCGGUGGACUUGAUUCGAUAUCCGAAGACGAGGAAAAUGAAGAAGAAACAAGUGAUUCUCCGGAAACUGGUUCUGAUUUUACGUCUUCAGUAAUAAGAAAUCGUUUUGACAUGAAAUCAAGUGGAGUACCAAAACGACCUAAUCAUUUCACUGCUAAUGAAMCUUGGAGAUUCUACUCUCGACCAAGGAUACGGGGYCUUGAUUUCAAUGAAAAGGAACCWCUUCUSUCUACCCCAGAGGAUGYKCCACAGCUGKCCAGCAGAAUCAGGGUYCUUCAGCCUUCUAACAAACAAAUAUCAUUGACAGAGAUCAGUGGAAGCAAUGACCAAAUUGAUUCAGCUGAGGUUGCGACCCUUGAGUGGGAAAACGAGCCAUUCACAAUCACCAAAGAUGAAGAGGCAAGUGAAAGCAUCGACGGAGGAAGCCAACAUUUUGUGGUAGAUUCUAUUAACAUUGACAUUGAAUGUGGCACCAACAGCCAGGAUCUAGGAGAUUUUGAAACUGGAAGCCCUCGUCCUGCUCUCGAGAAGAGCUACAAAAGCGCAAAAGACUCUUUUCUAAAACAACUGCGUUCCAACACAGAGGACCGCGACCAAUCGCGGUCAAACUCAAUCAAAUUAGUGUAUAGUGAUAACGAAUCUGACGAUAGUGRARACCUUAAACACAGCCGUGAAGACCGCGUUGGUUUUAAUGACUAUGCAAGGCCAGCGCGGAGUCCUUCUAUUGGUAUGAAACGGCGUUCACCAAAUGUCAGCCCAACACACAGCUUAAACAGCAACAGAUCACAACGUAUGAGAAAGAGCGGAAGUAGUUUGCAACGACUUGAAUUUCCAAGCUCAGAAGGUCUCCAGGAAAAUCAUGCCAAUCAACUUAACCAUCAAGAUAGCUCGAGGCAUUUGUCCCCUUCUCCUGCCACAGAUAGUCCCUAUGUUAGUAUUAGUCGGUUAUUUGCACUAACRCCUCCUCCGAAAGAUGACAACGAUUCCCCUUAUGGCAUACACUAUGCCAGCACACCAUCCAGUCCCGCAAGGUUCAAAGACGGUGGCUCUAAGACCUCGUUACGAAGAAACGCAACUUCAGAGUUUAUUUCCCCUGCAAGCUCAUGUGGUGGUCUUAGUGAUGAYGUGCGAUCGACAGCAUCACGACGAAGCCGUAAAAUGUCAACAACUAACGCUCCACCACCAUCUUUGUUUGCGUCUUUGCUUGCACAAGCUUCAAAGAGUCCGUACGCCGAUUUUGUACCACCAACAAUUGUCCGUGAAUCGACAAUAACGUGUAAUUGCGAGGAAGAGGAAAGUUGUAGUGUGUGCGGAGAUAGAGAUUCUUCAGCGGGAACAAUGAAUGAUAAUCUGAGCAGCAACGAUUCUGAAGAUGGCGACGAAAGAAAAUUAGAUAAACAUAUCGAAAGUAAUAAAUCAGACUCGGCUUCAGACUUCGAAGACAGAAAAAGAGAUGCAAAKUCUGCCAACGAACCAGAUUUUUCCUCGCAAAUUUCUAUAAAUUAUUUAUUUGAACCUUUAACGYCAUCAGCUUCAAUCGAUCUGAAUGUGCCCAGCGAAAAUACAAUAAUUGAUUCUCCUGAUUGCCUUUUAAGACGAAAACGUCAGUUGAUGACUCGAGAAACGGCGGUUUAUUCCUCAGCUUCACAAGGAGAUGAAGAUGAACCAGAGGAUAAUACUCCUAAAGACAAAGAUUACAAUAUUUACAAAAUAAGUUAUACUUCUCCCAGUUUUGACAACAUUUCCCAAAAUGAUAAACGGACAUCGAAUGAAAGCAUUAGAACUGAUUUAAAAGAAAACUGCAGCGACAAUAACUUUACAGACACUGUUGGUUCCGCAUCCAUUAACGAUAAGAUGACUGACGAAAAUGCACCAACAAGAAGYCAUCCAUCCUUAGUAGUYACUGAAAAUAGAGAAUCCUGCGAAGGUAACAGACCAAGAGAAAUCGGUUCGCCGAGUAUUUCAUAUGAUAAAAACAAUUGCGAAGAAACACAGAACAUARCCAGCUCCUCGGAGGAUGUUAGGCACUCAGAAGUAAAUUGCUACGAUAAAAGUGAGUUAUCAAGCGUUGACGAAGAAUUCAUUGCAAGCGCUUGUGAUCAAAAAGACAACAAUUUGCCUAGGGUAUCGACUGAAAAACAAGAAACAGGAGUCAUUCCACCGUUUUUUGAUGAAGUAAUUGCCAAGGGCAGUGGAACAUUUGACCCCACACAUUAUCCCCGUACAUCAAAUAGUGCUCAUUCAUCAUUGUCAACAGUUUCUUCGCACCUUCUCCCAACAUUCCAGUGUCCCGGUUCGUUAACAGAUAUGAGCGUUUCGAAUGCCGCGUCGAGGGACAGUCUCGGUCUCGCKAACGACAUGCAAUUCGAGGACCCUUUUCACAUGCGAAAACCCACAAUUUCAGGAAUCCAUUCCACUCACUCACUCAACGAUGUACCGAAUUCUCAUCGAAAAUUUGCUGCCUCGCAUCCUUUGUGUUUUUCUGAGCCACACCUACAGCGACCUAGAACAAGUCCACAGGAUAAACAMGACGACGACGACGACGAUGAYUCUGAAUUUAGCGACAAGCAAUUAGAAGACAUUUUUAAAGACGUAGCAAACGCGCGACAGGCAAUGGAACGUCUUCAGAUGAUCCUCUCUUCUCCUGAACCAAACAUCACCUCAGAUUUAGCAGACACAAAGGAAACGGUUAAAAGACUAGACAAACAAGUCUUGCAUCUGAACCAAGAUGUGACGUCACUCAGGAGUGACGUCAAGAUGGUGUUAGAAUUACUGAAAGGGUUUAAGAACGGCCAAAUCGUCAACAAAUGAAAUUUUAUAACUCCAAUCAAGAGAAUAUAUUUAUGAUGAGAUAUUACAACGCCAGUAUGAUAUUGUAAGUAGAAAUUGCAAARGUUUGGGUGAUGAAUUAUUUAUUUAUGAGUUUUAAUACUUGACUAUAAAAAAAAAAUCCGAAAUUAGCUAAAACACAUAUAGCACAAAAUAUCCUUUUUAACYAGGGCUGGAUAAUCAGUCGUUUGAGCACUAAUGCAUUAUGGGGGAUUUUUCGGAAAACUGUACGACAACGAUCAAGAAAAUUCGAAAAAGAAGACUCCGCCAAAUUUGUUAAAGUGUCUUUGAUAUGAAAAGCUAAUUAACGAUGAGAAUAUAUUUCAUACUUCAAUAUUUCAUAUUUUUUUGUUCAUAUUUUGCUUAAAUCUACGUGGAAUACCGUAUUCUGAAGGAUUUUUUUUUCAAGUAGAAAUGAAAAGAAAAUGCGAAAAACUCGGCUUAUCUCAUUAGACACCGAGACUAACAUACUUUUGYCCUUUUCGCGGUUAGAAAAGAAGUUGCGCGAGUGCCCUGUGCUUUUGCACCAAAGCGAGGUAGAGUCUAGCAACAACCAAAUAUUGUCUUUUGGAGUCGUUUAUCUUUUUGCAAUAAUUAUAAAAAUAAUUUUUGUUGGUGAAAAAGGUCAUAAUCUCUUGACAUGACUUAGCACUCGUGUUCACUUGAAGGCUGCAGCAAACAUUUUGCCCGCUUUGCUUUUCACCGCGAAAAGGUCUAUUUGAGUUGUCCGCAAUGUACGCUAUAGAGCUARCGGUCUCCAUUGCAUGCAAUAGGCACUUCAGCUGUGUCGGUGUCAAAGAUGCUUUGCGUGAAUCUAGCUGCAGCUUUUAUACAGAAAACAGCACAAAAAMUUACAUUUUGUUACCUGAUCACGAGCUGCGACCGAACGAGGUACCAAACAAAAUCAAUACUAAUGCAAGCUAUUAAAAUACCUAUCGACAAUCUAUCAUAAGGAAUAGUUUUGAGAUCGCAUUUUAUAAGUUUGAGUUUUAAGCAAAAGUAUUUUGUAAUAUAUAUAUGCACUGGUAUUUUCAAGGAGUUGAUAUAACUUCAAAARAGGAUAACUCCUUUUCCGGAAUAGAUUCAACCCCACCAACUUUAACUGCACAUGGAGCAAUUUUGAACCCCUUUUGGAGUAAGUUUAACUUUCUUUCCGAGUUGAUUAAAACCUCUGGAGUWAAAACUACUCGCAUUGUAGAGUAGAUUUAACUCUUUUUAAAGAUACUCCACGAGGUAUAGUAACUUUAACUCCAUUGGUGGAGUUUUUGCAAAUCCUUGAAAAUAGCACUGUAGUGAAGUUUAGGAAUAUUUUAUGCCUUCUUGAGCUUUCUCAAAAUUUCUUGAGAAGGUAAUGUCCUUUAAUGGUUUAUUUAAAACCUGGAAAGUUCUAUAUCUGUUACUCAGGGUGUACACUAGUUCUUUAUAAAGACGAUCUAAGACAGAUAGGAAUUAUGUGAGCUUAAUCUGUAUGAGAAAAACAUCGUAAAGACCGAAUUCGACGACACAACGUUUGCCUACGACCAUUGCAUUCAACCAAGUCGUCAUUACAACAUGGAUCUACAACUGUCUUUGGGAUUUAAAACAAUUGCCUAGUAUUCCUACAACAUUUGUAGCCAUGUUGUAAGGAUGACUUACGCAGGUUACAUGCGAUGGUUGUAGGCAAAAGUUGUGUCGUCUAAAUCGGCUUUAAAAUGAUCUCAAAACCCCUAAAAAGUUAGACGGAAUAACUUACGAAUAAAAACGCGCUAAUGAUAUUUUAAUAAUUUCCCAAUUCUUAUUGGCCACCCCUCGACCAUUUCACCGCUCGUGCCAAUUCCUGUGGCCCUUUGGUUUGGGAGGGCGUCACCAUAAUUUCAUUGACGAUAUCUGAAAUUARUAUACACCUUUUUCUAGACGCAGAGCAACGGGGCUAUAGCUAAGGUGGUGUUAGAGACAAUUUUAAACGCAGAUUUUCCGCGGAAUGUUGUACCAUUACGCCAAAAAUAAAAAAAAAACGGUGUUAAGAGUUGCCCUCAGUAACAUCACCUUUAUGCCGGAAUAUUUUAUCGGCAAAAAUACAUAAUAUUUUUAUAGUCUCGUAAUAUAGUUAACACUAGAUACAUUUAUUUUGUCAAUAAACAGAACUUUCUAAUUCUA